AUGAACGACUGGGGACCGGAGGGAAGUGAGCAGCGGCAGCAGCCACAGCAGCCACAGCAGCAGCAGCAGCAGCAGCAGCAGCACCUGCUGUACCUCUGCGCGGGUGAGAUGGACGUGCGGGCGCUCUCGUUCACCACUGAGGGCAGCAACAACGCUGGUCCGCCUGCAGCAUUGCAGCAGCCUAUUGUGCCGCAGCAGCAGCACGGCACACUUGUGUACAGCGAUCCCUGGGGCGUGCGCGCGUGCCUGUGGCGCAGCGCGCCCAUCGGCCAAGGCGACGGCGGGGGCACGUGGGUGGUCUUUGUGGCGGGCCUAGCACCCGACAACACCCCUGUGGAGGUGCGCUGCCUGCCGCCCGGCGGCGACCCGCUCCGGGGCAUCGUGCGCCGCUGUGGCGGCGGCGGCAGCGGCGGCGGCAGCGACGACGAGGCCUCUCGAACCAUGGCAGGGGGGGAGGCCAGGGUCAGCCUGGCCGCUGCUCAUGGCCUGGCAGCUUCUGGCAGUGGCUGGGUUGGGGUUCUGCCCGUUGACUCAGCGGCCCGGAUGGCAGUGAGCUCCUGGGGCGGCUGGCUCUUUGCUCGUGGCGGCGGUGGCAGCAUCAGCAGCGGCGGCAGCGGCAGCGCCUGCGCGGCGGACCGCCUUCCCUGGCAGCGCCUGCUGUCCGCAGAGCCCGGCUGCCGCUUCGAGGCGCUUCUCCUGCCUCCGGAAGCAAGCGGCACAGGUGCUGGCGACGGCGCGCUGGCGCCGCGCGAGGUGCUGCUGCUCUGCCGGCUGCUGGACGCUGAAGGCGGCUGCAGUGAGCGCCUGGUGGCGCGCCUGCUGCAUCUUCAGCUCGCUGAGGACGCCAGCUGCGGCGGUAGCGGCAUCGGUGAUGGCAGCUGUGCAGCGGGCGGAGUUUCGCUGCGGGUGGCGGCAGAGUACGAAGUGCCUCUGCCUGACGUCUCGUGUGUACUGCGUGGCGUGACCUGGGAGUGGAUGGGCGUCAACGGUUGGACAGUGCCACAGCUCCAGAAGCAACAGGUUCUGCAGGGGCAACAGGAGCUGCAGAAGCAGCAAAAGCAGCAGGAGCAGCAGGAGCAGCAGCAGCCGCUGGGGCAGCUUCUGAUGAGCUUCUCGUCCCUCGUCACGCCGCCCUCUCAGCUGCUGCUCGACCUGGCGGCCGGCGCCACAGCGCGGCUGCUGCUGGGCGGCGCCGCUGCGGCGGUGGCCGCCCACCCUGCGUUUGACCGCACGCGGUACCGCCUCGCCACAACCUCGGCCGCCGCGCACGACGGCACCCGGGUGCCCAUCACCAUCGCUUGGCACGAAGCAAAGCGCGCGGCGCUGCAGGCAGGGCUGUGCAGCGAGGACGGGCGCGGCGGCGGGCCGCCGCUGGUGCUGCAUGCCUACGGCAGCUUCGGGCUCCCCGAGGCUGAGGCGGCCUUCGAUGAGUCGAGGCUGCUGCUCAUGCAACUGGGCUUCGCCGUGGCCAUCGCGCACGUCCGAGGCGGCGGCUGGCUGGGCCGCGCUUGGGCUGAGGCAGGGCGCGGCGCGGCGCGCAAGGCGCGGGUGUCGGUCGCUGACCUGUCGGCGGCCGCCGACAUGCUGGUCGCGCGCGGUGCGUGCGCGCGCGGCCGCCUGGCGCUGGCCGGCGCGAGCGCGGGCGGCUGGCUGGUCGGCGGCGCGCUGGCUGCGAGGCCGGGGCUGGCUGCGGCGGCGGUGCUGACUGUGCCGUGCCUGGACCCCCUUGAGGCCCUGGUGCGGCACAAGCAGGGUAGCCUAGAAUGGAUCGGCGCAGAGGAGCACGGCGGCGGGGCGGGGGGCAAUGGUGAUGGUGAUGGCGACCGCGAUAGCGAUAGCGACAGCGCGGCGGCGGCGGUGGCGGCGCUGGCGGGGUGGUCGCCGUAUCAACACCUAGAGGCCCUCGCGGCAGCGGGGAUACCGGCGCCGGGAGCCACGGAGGGCGGCGACUUGCCGGGGCCGCCGCACCUGCUGCUGCGCGCCGCGCUGCACGACCGCGACGUCGGCUUCUGGGACGCCGCGAAGGCCACCGCGCGCCUGCGUCGCCUGCGCGCCGCCGCGGCCGGCGACGGGCGGGGCCCGCGUGCUGCAGAGCCGAUGCUGCUGCUGCGGACAGUGCCAGGCAGCCACGGCGCGUACGAGGGGGACACAAAAGAGGCGGCCCUGGGGGCGGCGUUCCUGGUCGAGGCGCUGGCGGGGCAGGGGCAGCUGCUGGCCGCGCUAAGCGCCGGGGCUGCGGAGGGUGACGGCGGCUGGGGGGUGGUGGAUUGGUUGUAG